AUGACCAAGGACCCGAUGAGCGACGCAGACGAACUCAUCUCCCUCCCAGAGUGGCUCGCAAGUCAAUCCAUCUCCACCAUAUCCGAAAACAUCCCGCCUCCGGACAAGACUCCCCGCCGCACGGCCGCAGACUGGGAGGCUGUCCACCGACGCUUCGCUCGAAACUCUCAACCAGAAAUCAUGGUCGGCUCCUCGAUUGCAGAGGAAGAUAGCUGUACCUCCUCUCCUGAUACGCCAUCGAAAACCGACGAUGACCGCCUACACGACGUCGAGCGCGGCUACGAACAUUUACCUGGAGAUCAACAUGUGCCGGAGGAAGUCGUCUCGCAGGCGGAGGAAAUCGACGAGGAAUUGGAAGAGAGGUUGAGAAGGGUGCAGGAAAGGAUGUCUUUGGAUGCUGAUCACGAUGCGGAGAAAGACGACGUCGGUAGUGUAUCGGAUGAAUCGCGACGGUCCAGCGGGACUGAUGAGAGGAAGGAGGAGCUUCACGGUAUCACAGACCCACCAUUGAGCACGAAUACGCUCGCCGAGCCUUCGAACCGCCAACCCAAAAAAGGUCAGCCUCCCGUUCUCAGAGAUCCAAACGACGUCUUCGGUCCACCAUCGCCUGAGCUCACUGCAUCCGAGAAGCCGAAGCAGAAGAAGAAGAAGGCGAUCCAAAAGCCAACCGCCUGUUCCCGCAUUGCACGCUUCCUCUUCGCAGUGACAUUUUACUCGGUCCUCUUCCACAGCGUUUAUUUACCUGGUUCUCUUCCGCGGCCUAUGAAUCCUCCGCACUCUAUCGGUCCUCCGCACUUGCUCAGUCCUCCGGCGUCCCUCGAUCCUCCGCCAUCUCUCGAUCCUCCGCCGUCCCUCAGAUCAAACUCAUCUCUACUGCCAGAUCUGCUGCCUCUACCCUCGACCUCAACAACAGCUUGGACAACCCCAACCCUCGCCAUCCACCUAACCUCCACCCUCGCCCUCCACCGCGCCUUCCUACACCUGCAACCUCGCACAGCCCUUUCUCCGUCCAUUCUCCAUCGACAACUCGUCGAACUCGACUCCAUGGACGAAACAUUAGCUUGGGUCGUUGACGUCUGGGCCAAGAGACAGGAGGGCAGGGCUGUAAGAGAGAAUGUACGGGCGAGAUUGUUGGACGGCGUGGGGAAUUUGGGUCUGAGGUGGAAUGGGCAGACCGCGGAGGAGGUGAUUGUGGGGAGGGAGGUCGCGGAGGGGGUCAAUAGGUUUGUUGAAGAGAUUUUGAGGUUUGUAGCGGGUUGGGAGGAUGGGUAG